GGAAGUUGCUGCACAUCGUGCUAACGAGAGACUGUGGCUAAACAACAGCCAACAUGGAAAUAACGAAAUAGCUGGUUAACUGUGAUGGUUACCUCUCACUGUUCAUCCGCUGUGGGCUAGGCUAAGUGAGCGUGUGGUAUGGACUCCUGCUGAUCAUCCCAGGUCUUGAACAUGAGGUGAAGAUGACCGAGAAUGGAGAAGACAGCCGUCCCGGUCAGGCGUCUGGGACUCUUCAAGGAAGAGUUUCUGGUAAAGUUGAUCAACCAGUUGUUAGUGACAGCAGGCCAUUCAAAGGCCCAUUAGCAGACCCCAAAAACUACAAGGAUCUCAACGAUGCUCUCAGAUCCCCCCAUGUUUCCGGAGACUCAGAGGGCAAAAUCAGUCCUUACCAGCCUAGCCCGCCAUCAUUACCUCGGCUGUCAAAGAUGGGGAAGAAUAGUUCAAUGGAUGAAUCUGUGAGAUGCAGGAGGCUAAGAAACAGCCAGGAGAGUUUGAGCGACCCGACUGAGACCGGCUCUUCUACAGACUCCCUUAAGGAGAACGGUGGAAUUCCGACAACAGGUGGGUUCAAUCUCAGCAGUGCUGCAACCUUCAGGAAUAGCCAGGACUCCUCUGUGGGACCCCUCACUGCUCCCCCCACAGGGUCUCCUGCCUCCCGAAGCAGAGGUCACAGUCUCUCUGAGUGCGAAUGGAGGCCUGACCAGCAGCACACCAACCACCCUGAACAGCGGGCGAGGUCCUCCAAGGUACGGCUGUCCCCUGUGCAACCCUCAGGGCCGCUGCCUGCGCUGGAUAAAAAAUUUGCAUCAGCCACCUUAAGGGCAGCUAAUCGGAUUGACAGGGAUUGUGUGGAUUAUGGGAGAUGGGCCAGAGGUGGCAAUGGGGAGAGGCUGCACAGGAACCUGAGCGACAGCCAGCUCCUGGAAAACAUGGUGUUGGACAGCACCUCCGUCAACUCUAUGAAGUCCACGUUCAGCGUACUCAACCCCAUCAGACCCCAGGAUGUGAGAAACAGGAGCUUUCUGGAGGGCAGUGUACUGGGAAACGGGGCUCUACUGGGUGCUGAAGAACUGGACCGCUACUUCCCUGACAGAAGGGUGGGCAUCUACAUAGCCACCUGGAACAUGCAGGGGGAGAAGGUGAUUCCAACUAACUUAGAUGAUCUACUACUUCCAACGGACUCGGAAUUUGCUCAAGACUUUUACAUUAUCGGCGUCCAGGAGGGCUGUCCUGACAGGAGGGAGUGGGAGAUACGUCUCCAGGAGACUCUUGGCCCAUACUAUGUCAUGCUAUAUGCAGCGUGUCACGGCGUUCUGUAUCUUGCCGUCUUCGUCAGAAGGGACCUUAUAUGGUUCUGCUCAGAGGUGGAGCAUGCCACAGUCACAACCAGGAUAAUCUCCCAGAUAAAGACCAAAGGGGCUGUGGGAAUUGGCUUUACCUUUUUUGGCACUUCCUUCCUCUUCAUCACAUCCCACUUUACCUCUGGUGAUGCCAAAAUUUAUGAGAGGAUUCUAGAUUACAACAAGAUCAUUGAAGCCCUGGCUCUACCCAAAGGCCUUCCUGACACCAACCCUUACCGCUCCACAGCCUCUGAUGUCACCACGAGGUUUGAUGAGGUUUUCUGGUUUGGGGACUUCAACUUCCGGCUGAGUAGAGGCCGGCAGGGCGUGGAGACCAUCAUGAAGCAGACUGUAGGUGACGAUAUGAGCCCCCUACUGCAACAUGACCAGCUUUCCAAGGAGAUGAAGGAUGGUUCAAUCUUCAAAGGUUUCCAGGAGGCACCCAUUCAUUUCUUCCCUACGUACAAGUUUGACCUCGGCUGCGAUAUCUACGACACUACUUCCAAGCAGAGGACCCCUUCAUACACAGACAGGAUCCUGUUCAGAAACCGGCAGGUUGAUGACAUCAGGGUGGUCAAGUACACCAGCUGUCCCUCCAUCAAGUCCUCCGACCACCGGCCGGUCAUCGGUGUGUUCCAGGUCAAGCUGAGGCCCGGGAGGGACAAUAUUCCGCUUGGCGCGGGGCAAUUUGACCGCACCCUGUACCUGGAGGGCAUCAAGAGGAGGAUCAGCAGGGAGCUGAAGAGGAGGGAGGCCAUGAAGAACCAAAGCAGCAGCAGCACCAUCUGCUCCGUCUCUUGA